AUGACAAACCCCAUCGAAGAGAUUGCAAACCCAAUCGCACAGAUGACAAACCCAAUCGCAGAGAUGACAAACCCAAUCGCAGAGAUGACAGACCCAAUCGCACAGCUAACUAACCCAAUCGCACAGCUAACUAACCCAGUCGCACCGAUGACAAACUCAAUCGCACGGAUGACAAACCCAAUCACACAAUUGACAAACCCAAUCGCACAGUUGACAAACCCAAUCGCACAGAUGACAAACCCAAUCGCACAGUUGACAAACCCAAUCGCACAGAUGACAAACCCAAUCACACAGAUGACAAACCCAAUCGCACAGUUGACAAACCCAAUCACACAGCUAACUAACCCAAUCACACAGUUGACAAACCCAAUCGCACUGAUGACAAACCCAAUCACACAGAUGACAAACCCAAUCGCACAGAUGGCAAACCCCAUCGAAGAGAUGGCAAACACAAUCGCACAAAUGACAAACCCAAUCGCACAGCUAACUAACCCAAUCGCACAGUUGACAAACCCAAUCGCACAGAUGACAAACCCAAUCGCACAGUUGACAAACCCAAUCACACAGAUGACAAACCCAACCGCACAGAUGGCAAACCCCAUCGAAGAGAUGGCAAACACAAUCGCACAAAUGACAAACUCAAUCGCAUAG